AUGCGCGAGUUUAUGGACUAUGUCCACAGUGCUUUCUACGAGGCUACCGGGUGGAGGCGUGACAAUUCGUAUGCAGCGCUGAAUGCGACGACAGACGCUCUGCUGAAUUUCAACACUCCUCGAGGUCUUCGAUUGACUCUCUCGGCCCUCGCAAGCCCCAAUUUUGCCACCUCUUACCAGCUGGGCUCUGUGGGCGUGGUGGAUGGCUCCAUCUCCUACCUAUUCUCUUCCGUUCCUCUUCGAGUCCUCCUGACCCCUCAGUCCGAAAACGUUCCGCUCCCCGAUCUUCUUCGAUCCUAUCGCCCGUUGACGCCGGUUGCUCGACGAGAUGUCCCCUCCCUAAGACACCCGAACGAUACGGACAAGACCAAUGAGUCACUUCUAUAUGGCAGACUAUAUCUACCGCGGUCACAGUUAGAGGCGCUCCUGGUGAGGCGACUAUCUCCUGCCUUGCAGGCACAGUUCAGCGCGGUAUCGGGUCAGCACCUCAGAAAUGGGGGCACUGCAUUGGGAUUGCUGCAGUACGAUGUCGGAAGUUAUGCGCUUGAAGGACUCGCUUCCACGGAUGGCGGACUGCUAGGGUUCAGAGGAGUUUAUAAUUUUGGAGGCGACUUGAGUAAUAAAAAACACGCCCAGCAAUCGGCCACAUCUACUAGUGACAAUGGGAACGGACACGGCAGCGGCAAUGGAGACAAGGAGAGGAUAUAUGGGCGAUUUAGUACCGGUGGAGAGAUCUACUACGGCACUCUCAACAAAUCUGGAGGCAUAAGCAUAGGUGCGAGAUUUGCGACGUUGCCGGAUCACAAGGGAACGCCACUUUCUGCCACUCUUACGCUGAAUCCCCUCAUGGGAAAUAUUGCAGCCAGCUACGCAGUCAUGGCUGGGAAAGACUGCAGUCUCGCGACCCGCAUGGAGUUCAACAUCUUUAGCUACGAAAGCUCUUGGGCCGUUGGUAUGGAGUUGUGGAGGAAACCAUUUGCUCGAUCCGUGGCAGACGUAGACACUCCCUCUGAAGGUGUCUCUGCAGCGAAGACGCCGAUUCCGAAGCCAUUUCCCACUUCGAAAGCGCCUACCAGCAUUGCAGACGGAAAAGAAUCUCGACCGAAGAUUACACCCGUCACACCGGAAUUGGCCUCAACAUCAAUGCCAGCCGAACGGAGUUUUAACGCGAAGCUGGAGUGGAGGCUCGACGACCCAGCAAAGCUGACAGAAAAGAAGACUGGACACAAAGUAAACGCGGGCAAUAAUAAUUUCAAGUCAAGAGGUGGUAAGAAGAAUCUCUCUAAGACAGGGCAACCUGCUAAGAAGGUAGAUAAAGAGGAGGUUGAGAGUGAGGAGAAGGAAUAUGCUGGGGUCGUGAAAGCGAGACUGGACCAAAAUCUCCGGCUCGGAGUGCUGUGGGAAGGACGAGUAAAGUCGCUGUUGUUCAGCCUCGGCAGCGGGAUUGAUCUGAAGAUGAUGAACAAGCCGUUUCGAACGCUAGGUCUCGAGGUUCAGUUCUCAUCUUGA